GUUAACCCCUCGCCUGCUUCGUCCAAAUGGAAGAAGAUUCCAAGUCUCUGAUGAUGAUAAACACGAACAGCUCAAUCAACUGCGUUCGGCAGGCGGUCCAAAUCGCCGCCGCUCCGCUCCAUCAUCCACGCCCGCAUUAUCCAUUGCCUCUGAUUAAUUAAUUCUCCGUGACGCAAUCGCCACGGAUUCCUCAAUCCUCCUGCGAGUCCGCACGGCCCUGCUUGCGGGGAGGCUGUGGACUUGUGGUGCUUCUGUGCGCGCGCGCGAGCAACCCAGGCGGAGCGCGAACGCCGGAAUUCGCCAUGGGGCCACCGCGGCCUCUUCCCCUCCUCCUCUUCGUCCUGCUGCUCGCGCUUCUGCCGUCGCCUCCAGCGGCGGCGGCGGCGGCGGCGGCGGGCGGCCUGUCCGCGUGGGGGGCGCUCCGCGGGGCGGCGGGCAGCCGCAGGGCCUCGCCGGCGGAGCAGGAGGCGGCGGCCGCCGGGGUGCUGCGCCGGCUCCUCCCCUCCUACGCGCGCAGCUUCAGCUUCCAGAUCGACUCCAAGGGGAGCGUCUGCGGCGAAUCAAGCUGCUUCAGGAUAAACAACGUCGUUGACAAUUCGGGCACAGGCGGAGCGGAGAUUCUGAUCCAGGGAACCACAGGUGUUGAGCUCGUGUCUGGUCUCCACUGGUACUUGAAAUACUGGUGUGGCGCGCACAUCUCUUGGGACAAGACUGGGGGCGCACAACUGGCAUCAGUCCCUUCGCCUGGGUCUCUGCCACAUGUGAAGGGCGAGGGCGUGAAGAUUGAGCGUCCUGUUCCUUGGAAUUACUAUCAGAAUGUCGUCACUUCUAGCUACUCCUUUGUGUGGUGGGACUGGAAAAGAUGGGAGAAAGAAAUUGACUGGAUGGCACUUCAAGGAAUUAACUUGCCUUUAGCAUUUACGGGACAGGAAGCUAUCUGGCAAAAGGUUUUUAAGAGUUUUAAUGUCACCGACAGAGAUUUAGACAAUUUUUUCGGUGGACCAGCUUUCCUUGCUUGGGCCAGAAUGGGGAACUUGCAUGGGUGGGGUGGACCACUCUCACAAAAUUGGUUGGAUCAACAAUUGGCACUGCAGAAGAAAAUACUAUCCCGUAUGAUUGAGCUAGGGAUGGUCCCUGUUCUUCCAUCGUUCUCAGGAAAUGUUCCAGCUGUGUUCUCAAAAUUGUUUCCAUCUGCCAACAUUACCCGGCUUGGUGACUGGAAUACUGUUGAUGCUGACCCUAGGUGGUGCUGCACUUAUCUUCUUGGUCCAUCUGAUGCAUUGUUUAUAGAAGUUGGGCAGGCUUUUAUCAAGCAACAAAUAAAAGGUAUGUACCUGUCAUUUGUUUCCUUGCAACAUAUGAAACUUGAUUUUGUUCCGAAGUUUCUGAAUCAAAUAAAAGGUAUAUAUAGAUAUUCAUUUUUUCUUUUAUCUUUUUGGAUGUAUGCAGAAUACGGUGAUGUAACUAACAUCUAUAACUGUGACACGUUCAAUGAGAAUACCCCACCCACAAAUGAACCAGCAUAUAUUUCAUCACUUGGUUCUGCUAUUUAUGAAGCAAUGUCAAGAGGAAACAAGAAUGCCGUGUGGUUAAUGCAGGGUUGGCUAUUCUAUUCAGACGCUGCGUUCUGGAAGGAACCUCAAAUGAAAGCACUACUUCACUCUGUUCCAAUUGGUAAGAUGAUAGUCCUUGAUUUAUUUGCGGAUGUCAAGCCCAUUUGGAAAAUGUCCUCUCAGUUCUACGGCGUACCAUACAUCUGGUGCUUGCUACACAACUUUGGUGGGAAUAUUGAAAUGUAUGGCAUACUUGAUUCAGUUGCAUCUGGCCCCAUUGAUGCCCAUACGAGUUACAAUUCAACAAUGAUUGGUGUUGGCAUGUGCAUGGAGGGAAUAGAACAGAAUCCAGUUGUUUAUGAACUUACAUCUGAAAUGGCAUUUCGUGAUAAGAAGGUUGAAGUUGAGGAUUGGUUAAAAACGUACUCCUAUAGGCGAUAUGGUCAAGCCAAUGCUGAAAUAGAGAAAGCUUGGAGAUAUUUGUAUCGUACGAUAUACAAUUGCACUGAUGGAAUUGCGGAUCAUAAUAAAGACUAUAUAGUUGAAUUUCCAGACAUAAGUCCAAGCUCAUUCAGCUCUCAGCUUUCUAAUCGAAGGAGUAUGUCAAUUCGGAGUAACCGUAGGAGGUUUUUCUUAAGUGAGGUCUCUGGAAGCCUACCACAUCCACAUCUAUGGUAUUCCACAAAGGAGGCCGUCAAAGCCCUUGAACUAUUCCUCAAUGCUGGAAAUGAUUUUUCAAGAACUCUCACAUAUAGGUAUGACCUUGUCGACCUAACCAGGCAGUGCCUAUCAAAACUAGCAAAUGAAGUGUACCUUGACGCGAUGCGUUCAUACCAGAAGAAAGAUUUGAAUGGCUUGAAUUCUCACACACGGAAAUUUCUUGAACUCAUUGUGGAUAUUGAUACAUUACUAGCCGCUGAUGAUAAUUUUCUGUUGGGCUCCUGGUUGGAAAGUGCAAAAAGUCUUGCUGUGACUGAAAAUGAACGCAAGCAGUACGAGUGGAAUGCCAGAACACAGGUGACGAUGUGGUACGACAACACAGAGACUGAGCAGAGUAAAUUGCAUGACUACGCCAAUAAGUUUUGGAGCGGGCUGCUGAAAAGCUAUUACCUUCCACGGGCGUCAAAGUACUUCGCGUACCUAACGAGGAGCCUGCAAGAGAACCGGAGCUUCCAGCUGGAGGAGUGGAGGAAGGACUGGAUCUCGUAUUCCAACCAGUGGCAGUCCGGGAAGGAGCUGUACGCCGUGAAGGCCACGGGCGACGCCCUGGCGAUCUCCAGGUCGCUGUACAGAAAAUACUUCAGCUAGUCUCAGGCCGCAGCUUUGGUGUCUUCGUUGCCGGGGGGAAAUAAUGCGCUGGUGUGAGAAACUAACCUGUAUCCUGUGUGAUCCAGUAGCUUCUUUUCCCCGUUUGGUUCAGGUGCGGGAUGCAAAUUUGCAAUGCGUGAUGCGAAGGCAGAUGUGUAUAUAUGCAUAUGUGCCGCUCUACUGUACGGACAUCUGUUUGACCAUGAAGUUCUCUAUCUGGCA